GUUUUAGCCGAUUAUAAAAUACAUCAUUCGUAUUCUACUAUAGUGUAUUUAUAAAAUUGUGCUCAUAUAAUUCAUUUCAUAUGAAAUACAAAUCAUAUUCAUCAUCAAAUCAUUAUUCGUUAAACGAAAUUGCUAUUUAAUCAUCUCUUUAAAUAAUAUUAUUUUAUUUAAACGAUGUGUAAUAAUACCAAAGAAGAAGACAUUGUUGAAAAAUGGGGUUUGCCAUUGAAAGAAUUAUAUACAUUGGCGCUUAAGUUUUUCAAGGAAAAAGAAGGUAAAGCUAUACAUUUUACUUAUGACGAUAAAUUAAAACUUGUUGCAUAUACACGUCAAGUUAGUCAUGGAAAGUUAGACGAAUCAAAAUUACCACCUUUAGGUGUAUUUGAUGUUAUUGGAAGAGACCGGAGAUUAGCAUGGCAAGCACUUGGUGACAUGUCAACAGAAAACUCAAUGAUUAAUUUUGUUAAAUUGGUGAAUAAAGAAUGUAUUUUAUUCAAACAUACUGUUGAAGCAUAUAAAGCUGAUUUGAUUGAACAGAAACGGAUUACUGAUGAAAAUAUGAAAAAAGAACAAGAAGAGCUAGAAAAACAACUUGCAUUAAUGGAAUUAAAACAAAAAGAUGAAGAAGAAAGGUGUAGACAAGAAAAUACCAAACAACUUAUUCAAGAAGCUUUAAAUAAGCAGACCUAUAGCCAGUUUUUAACUUAUGCUCAAAAUCAAUUUCCAAAUAAUCCAGAUGAACAAGCUGUACUUGUAAGACAAUUACAAGAACAACAUUAUCAUCAAUACAUGCAACAGUUACAACAAAACUAUGAACCCGGUAAAGAAUUAGAAAUAACAACUAAUUCUGUAACUGUUCCUGAAGAUAAGAUUAUUGAACACGAGAGUAUCUGUAAUGAACAAUGUGAAAAUGGACACUGUCUUUCUGGAGAAUGCUCUGUUCAAACAUUGUUUCCUGCUUCAAUGUGGACAAGAAAAGAUAUUGAUGAAUUUAAAGCUAAUUUACUACGAGAAGGUGGAGAAGCUGUUAUUAAAGUAAAUCACGGAGAAACAGUUACGGUGAGAGUUCCUACAGCUGAAGGUGGAAACUGCGUAUUUUGGGAGUUUGCAACUGAUGGUCAUGACAUAGGUUUUGGUGUUUACUUUGAAUGGGUUAAACCUAGUUCUAGUCAAGUUUCAGUGCAUGUAUCUGAGAGUGAAGAUGAUGAUUGUGACGACUUGGAAGACGAUGAUGACGGUAAUAUCAGUCAAGAUUUACUUCAUGAAUUAGAACAAAAUGGUGUUACAAUUAAAGACAUAAAAAAAAGUAAUCAGAUGAAUCGACCGCCAUUAUCAAUAAUAAUACCAGUAUACCGAAGAGAUUGUCACAAGGAAGUAUAUGCUGGAAGUCAUGUAUAUCCUGGGGAAGGAGUUUAUUUACUUAAAUUUGAUAACUCCUAUAGUUUAUGGAGGUCAAAAACAUUGUAUUAUAGAAUAUACUACUCUCAAUAAUGUAUUCAUUUUGUUCUGUAUAAAAUAUCAAUCAAUAUAAUAGUCAGCUUAAAAUGUUAUAAUCUUAUAAACAGCUUAUUUUUAAUCCAAAUUAUUGUUGAAAUAACUGAACCA